AUGCCUUGCGCUGUGCAGAAUGUCAGCCUGCUGCGUAUCGUGUUAGUGUUCGAGAGACUAGUCAAGGAGCACUGGAACCAGUCAACGGACAUCUACGCUAAACCAGAGAAGACCCAGAUGGUGAAGUCUGACAGGGGGGAGAUGCAGGAGAACAUGGUGGUCUAUGCUAAUGCUGACACCCUCAGAGGAGAUCCGCUGUCAGGUGCUGAGGGUCCAGAGAGGAGUCUCUCCAGAGCUGCUGCAGUGUGUCUGGGGCUGCUGUGUGCUCUCCUACUGGCUGGGUCUAACGACGCUCGAUGGCUUGAGAUAGUUGAGAGCGGUGAAUAUGGAUGGAGCCGAUUUAACAGCAGCUGUUACUACAUCUCCAUGGAGAUGAAAAGUUGGGAGGAGAGCAGAAAGGACUGUAUCAGAAGAGGGGCAUACCUGGUGAUCAUUAACAGCAGAGAGGAAAUGGAAUUUGUUCACACUAGAACCCGAAACCUAGGCCGUUUCUGGUUGGGUCUGACUGAUAACGUUCCACCAACGUUCUACCAUCAGUGGACCUGGGUGGACGGAACACCACUGGAUCCAGCCAAAACAUACUGGGCAACAGGAGAACCAAAUAUCUCUUCCUUCAUUGACCCCAGCUGUGUAGAGCGAUGGUUACCUGAUCAGCCGGCUAACAGAAGCCUGGCUGACACCCCAUGCCACCAUAACUUGUACUAUGUGUGUGAGAUGUGACCUGUAAUACAUUUUUUAUACAAGGUCACUAUUCUUCCUCGUUUAAUUAAUUAGCAGUUCAGUCUAGUCUAGGUUUCCUUGACGGCUCUGAACGUCCUUCAUGCUCUUUGGUUAAAAAAAGUGAUUUUAGGUCCUGCUUACAUGAUCUUUGUCUUACAGUGAAUACUGUGUCAAAUAGAUGAAUUCAUUUGAUUCUGUAUUCUUACUGGUAAACAGAACGUAUCCUACAGUUUCUUUAUUGGGUUUGCUUUGCCUUCGGCAAGGGCACAACCUUUGUUCUCUGUCAUAUAUAUUUGUUGGAAUGCUGCUUCAGCAGCCAUAAAAGUUCGAAAACC